GGAAGCGGGGAAAGGCUCUGCGGCUGAGGAGGAGUCGGAGAGAGAUGAGCGACGCGAAAUAGCAGCGGCCGCCUGAGCUGCGGGCCCCGGUGCACGCGCACGCCGUUGUUGCAGCUGGUGCCGCCCGCUUCAGAGCCACAAGGAUGCGUCAGGAUGAAACGCCACAGGCAUCUAAGCAGCAGUGACAGUUCAGACAAUGAAAGUCCGUCAACUUCCUUCUCGUUUUGUUCUAAGUACAGGAGCAAAUCAAAAACACCAGCAAAUGAGCAAAAGAAACCUGCUGAGGUGUUUCGAAAGGACCUGAUUAGUGCCAUGAAACUGCCAGAUUCUCAUCAUAUUAACCCAGAUGAAUAUUACCUCUUUGCGGAUACAUGGAAACAAGAAUGGGAAAAGGGUGUGCAAGUCCCAGCCAGUCCAGACACCAUUCCACAGCCUUCUCUCAGAGUUGUAGCAGAAAAAGUAAAGCAAGUAUUAUAUACACGGCCUAGAAAGUACAUCCGUUGUUCAAGUCAAGAGCCCACUGAACCUGGCUACAUCAACAUUCUAGAAUUGGCAGAAUCAAUGUGUCGUUAUGACUUGGAUGACAUGGAUAUUUUCUGGCUUCAGGAAGUAAAUGAAGAACUUGCUGAAAUGGGAUGUGGACAGCUUGAUGAGAACACAAUGGAAAGAAUGGUGGAAGUCCUCGAACGUCACUGUCAUGAGAAUAUGAACCAUGCCAUUGAGACAGAGGAAGGACUGGGAAUAGAAUAUGAUGAAGAUGUUAUUUGUGAUGUAUGUCGAUCACCUGACAGUGAAGAUGGAAAUGAUAUGGUGUUUUGUGACAAAUGUAACAUCUGUGUUCAUCAGGCAUGUUAUGGUAUCCUAAAGGUUCCUGAGGGGAGCUGGUUGUGCCGUACUUGUGUUCUAGGUAUACACCCUCAAUGUCUCUUGUGUCCAAAAAGAGGUGGAGCCAUGAAAGCCACAAGGACAGGCACCAAAUGGGCACAUGUGAGUUGUGCUCUCUGGAUUCCAGAGGUAAGCAUUGCUUGCCCAGAAAGGAUGGAACCAAUUACAAAAGUAUCCCACAUUCCACCAAGUAGAUGGGCUUUAGUUUGCAGCUUAUGCAAAUUGAAAACUGGUGCUUGUAUUCAGUGCUCUGUGAAGAGCUGCAUCACUGCCUUUCAUGUCACGUGUGCCUUUGAGCAUAGCCUAGAGAUGAAAACAAUCCUGGAUGAUGGUGAUGAAGUAAAGUUCAAGUCGUACUGUCUAAAGCAUAGCAAAACCAAGCAGAACCUAAUGCCUGAUACAGAUGACAACCCCAAGAGCACAGUAGACCAAAAGCAGACAGAGAGUGAGAAAACCAGUUUGCGUGCUCAGAAGCUUCGAGAACUGGAAGAGGAGUUCUAUUCGUUAGUGAGAAUAGAUGAUGUUGCAGCAGAACUGGGCCUCCCGAAGCUCACUGUGGACUUGAUUUAUAAUUACUGGAAACUAAAACGGAAAAGUAACUUUAAUAAACCAUUAUUUCCUCCCAAGGAGGAUGAAGAAAAUGGCUUGGUUCAGCCAAAAGAAGAUAGCAUUCAUACGCGAAUGAGGAUGUUCAUGCAUUUGAGGCAGGAUUUAGAGAGGGUAAGGAAUCUUUGCUACAUGGUAAGCAGAAGAGAGAAGUUAAAACUUUCUCACAGCAAAGCACAUGAGCAGGUCUUCAACUUGCAAGUCCAGCUUAUUAAUCAAGAAAUGGCUGCAGGACAUUCUCUGACAAGUGCACUAGAGAACACACUGUUUUAUCCACCACCGAGGAUCACCUUGAAGCUAAAAAUGCCGAAAUCAACAUUGGGGGAUUGCAAAAAUAAUUUGAAAUGUGGUAACAAGCUCCUUUCUCCUGACAACAAUGCCACAGUUUACAGCAAAAAGGGUAUUCCGCUAUCCAAGGAGACUUUUGUUUCAAAUAUGAAAUCUUACUCAAGGUUUCAGCAUGAAAAUAGAAGUAAUGGCUUCCUGGGUGGAUUUGUGAAAUCUAGGAAUGAGGCAAAAGAUUCCGGACCCGCACACUCAUCAGACUUCCAUCAUGGGCAGUCAUCUGGCAAACCCUUAGCACUUCAAGCAGCAUUGCAUGGGCAAUCCUCCAUUGGGAAUGGGAAAAUUCAGCAGAACUCUAAACUAGCCAAGUUGAACGGCUUAAUGAGCAGAGUUGGGGAUGUCACUCAGAGAGACAGCUCCAGCCAAACAACGUACGAGCAACAGUCUGUGCUCUCUGCCCACUUGGCUAGCCAGAGCAGCUUCAGAAAAUCCACAAUAGAACACUUUAACAGGUCCUUCAAAGAAGCAACCAACAGUUUGGUGAGGACCACAGAAGAUCUCAGGUGCUGUGAAAAGCCCUCAAGAAGGCUUUCAAUGAGGGAACGUUCGUGGGGCAAGCAGACUCUUGAAUAUCAGAUGGGGAGUGCUCCUUACCAGGACAAUGAUGGGUAUUGCCCUGAUUUGGAACUCAGUGACUCAGAAGCUGAGAGUGAUGAGAAUAAAGGACAGAUAAGAUUGAGAAAAAGCAGUUCAGAAAGAGAGAGUCCAAGUCAAGACUUCAAUAGGGAUUGUCACAGUAGAAAUAAAAGAAAUUUGAUUUCUCACAGUUCAGUACAAAGGUGAUUAGAAACUCCUGGCAAUGGGAAUAGAUCAACUUUUGUAUAUCCAAGAUGCAAACCUUGGGAAAUCUGCAGGUUAUAGAACACAGUGCAGGGCCCACAAGCAAAUGACAACGCUGUUUUUCCCAACUGUGAACUGGUUUGCCCUUUUGAGAAGAUUGUUAAUUGGGUUUUUUCCAAGGUCAUUGUGCUAAAAGUAAAGGUUCCUUUAAGUAUCAUUUCCAGAAAUGGUUAUAUAUAAUGCUUCCCUCUACGGAAUGUAAUGUGUUGGGCUGGUAGGCAAGUUGAAAAGGCCCUUCUGUGACAAUCUGCAAGAAGAUGAUCAGACAAUUCUUGUUGCAGCUGCAAUGCAGGCGCAUUUCAUAAGAACACUUAAGCAAGCUCUUAAAUUUUGAAGGAAUUGUAACAAUGGGAAACCCUGCGUUUGAAAUUUGGGGGGUUUGCUUAAGUGUUUUUCUGGACUGAAAUGUAUCUGACUACUAGACAGAAAUCAUGUUCUCGUGUUCUCAAAUAAUUUUAGAACAAUGGAUGUGAUCCUCAAUACUUGGAAAUAAGAACCAUUUUAACUCAGUGGAACUUGCUUUCAAGUAAACAGGCAUAGGAUCAAGGUAUAAGUAAUAGUUCCUCCUAACCUGCUGAGGUAGGUUUACGAACUCUACAGUCAAUGCUGCCAAACACACUGACCUCUAGAUUUUCCCUUUAUAGUUUGCUCCUGCUAAACAUUGCGUUUCCCUUCGCUGUAGCAGUUUGCUUUAUUCUGUAAAUGCUCUUUAACUUCUAGUAUUUUUGACUGUUUUUUAAUCCCUGUGUACAUAGUAGCUUGUUGUGAGUUGCACUUGUAAAAUAUUUUACCCAGCCAGCCGGUACAGAUGGCUGAUUUGUGGAUAAUGUUUAAUACUAGAAGUACUUAAUCUCUUUAACAUAUUCAGGCAAUCACCGGUGAUGUCAGAUUCUCCCGUAUCAACUCAGAAGGUUUUUUUAAAAACCUGGUUCUGCAACACUAUCCCCAUUCUCCAUCACCACUCCAAUCUGCCUGCACAUACUACUUUUUUCAGCUUGCAGAUACUUCAUUAGAUUUCUGAGCCAAAAUAUUAAAAAACAGUGUAUGCAUACAAAUGUGUAUAUUGGUUUCCAAGUUUAAAUAGUCACAAAUGGUAAACUGAAAUAUUUUUGAUUGCCAAACAGCUUGAGAACUGUUUAUGCCACUUUAUUGUUCAAUUAGAUUUAAAAAAAAAUUCUUUCUAAUAGAUGUUUAAAAUAACUAAAAGAGCCUCAAAGAAGAUAAUCUUGUUCAUUACUCCACACCCUUGAAUUUUAAUUAAAAUAAAAUUAGACUUCAGCAUCCAAAAAUUGUUUCAUUAAUGGAAUCUUCACGCUUUGGUUUUGUUAAUGAAAUGUAAAAGAAGUGUAAUUGGGGUAAAUUUGAAAUCUAAUAAGUAAUGUAUCACAAAAAACAAAUGAAAGCCACAUUUUUCUGGAAAGCCUUAACAUUACGGGAAGAAUAAAUUCUUGAUGACAGAUUCCUGAAGGAUAUAAAUGAAAUUUGACUGUUCAACAUUCUUUGCUUUAAGCAUUCUUGAAAGUUUGCAUUGUUUACUUUCUUUUUUGUAUGUUUCUGUAAUUUUGUGUUUUUUUCCAAAAAGAUUUUUAAGGCAUUUCCUUUGGUGUAAAUAUGCAGUAGCUUUUUUUUUUUUAAGGUCUGUUUUGUUUGAGAAAUACUUGGCCUUUAAGUUGUGAGCCAUUCAGAAUGGUGCUGAUAAUGUUCACUUUUCUAUACAUUGUUUUUAGUUCCUUUUUUAAUAUAUAUUUAUUGUUAACACAUUUUCCUGGUCAUGAAAGUAAACAGAAUCGAACUUGGGAACAACUAUUUCAGUGGCCAGGAAGAGAAAACACAAUCAUAUUUCAUGCACAGGGGUAUGAUAUCAAUAUAUAAAGGGUGGGAGAUGGUGCUUCAGCAAGAUUCCAGAGUUUUGCUAAUUUAAGGGUGAUGACUAAAAUAUAUCAGUUCAGGCAAUAGUGAUUUUGAUUUGUUAGUUUUAUAUGAUUUUAAUAGAUACAUGAAGGAGCCUUUGGCUACAUAGCUUUCAAGUAUCUGUCUCCAAAGUAUAUUUACUAGUUUUUACAGUGUGUUCAGUGGCUAACUUUGAAGUAUUACCUCUUAACCUAAUUUGUUUUCCUGUUUUGCUUUAUAUUAAAUAUAUAUCUAUAGAUAUAUAUAGAUAUAUAUAGAUAUAUUCGAUUUUUUAAAAAUGGACUGUCUUUUUCAGACGUCCUCUUUUUACAGUACUUUUUUCAUUAAAUUAUGAAACUGCUAACCAUACCUUCUUCAUUGUGAUCUUUUGAAGGCUGUAAUAUUUGUGGGAACGUUGCACAACCACCAUUUUGUUUGUUAGAGCUGUUUGAGUACUCUAGUUUAUUCCUGAAGGACUUAUAAAAUUCCUAUAUACAAAGCAAAUUGGACAAUCCAGGUGUUGUGUAAGUUCCUUUGAGAACAUGGAGUUCUUGCAUAUACAUCAUCACAUAGAAUGUGCAGGUACAGGGACAUGUUCCAUAUAGGAAUUUGGUAAUGUGUGAAUCGGAUUUUUGUA